UAGCCUCGUUCCCAGGAAGGCGCGUAUGAGACGGUGCACGGUGCCACGUGCUCCUAUGCGAUCGCCGUUCGCUGUAUGGCAGUCUGUGCACUUGGGUUCCUUCGUUAUUUCUCAUGGUGUAUUGAAUAUAGUAAGGACUUCAGCAGAACUAUGGUGGAACUGAGGGUUUCUGAGUGCAUAGCGUAGAAGCUGCAGGCACGGUCAUUUUUCGAAAGUCUUUCGCCUCGUUCCCAUGCUCCUGCAGGUCCGUCGUUCACAUGUCAAACUGCUCCGAACCGGCCGUGGUUGUCCUGAACGAGACGAGACUUUGCCGAUAUCCUGUACGCGCGGCAAGCUGAAUUCCUUCCUCACUUUCGGUCAGCAGCAAGGAAUAUGCCAGCUCGGCGAAAGCUUGCGCUGGCAAUUGGCAGACGUUCUGGUACAAGCCUGCAAGCAGAAAUAAAUGUCCGCCGUCUCAGUAAUGGCCUCGAAGCCUUCAAAGAGUAUUUUGACGACACUCACUGUGACCAGACGUCUGGAAAGGUUGAUGCUUCAAAGAAAGAUUGCCAUGCAAUUCCAGUUGAAAGGCGUGAUGUGGUGGGCAACACUGAUCCAACCAUGAUACAAUUACCAGCUGUGCCUGGUACUGGAGAAACUGAUAAGGAAAGAACUGGAGGCAGUGGCGAAAGAUCAAGUAGGCAGUCCCAGGAUUCCUCCCAACAAUCUACAAGAGGCCUACGGGACGCAUCGGGCGUAAAGAAUAGGAAGAGAUUCCAAGGUGUUUACCUCCGAGGCUUACCUCCAAAAUCUCAGGCUUUAACUCCAAGUGUGCAGCAAGGAAGCAACUCCAGAAGGGAGAGCGCUAAUGUUCAGAGCUUAAGCAUGUGUCUGCCAAGCCCUUUAGGUACACCGAUCCUGUGCAGCACUCGUUUGAGUGAGUGCAGUCCAGCACCUGGUAGUCCAAGAUACAUUUUGCAUGGAGACUCCCUUUUGGAUGGAUGUCUUCCUGCAGGUGGGCUACCCAGCAGUACAGUUAUUUCGCACGAUGCACUUUCAAGGCAGCCGGGCACUUUGAAGGCAAACACUGAUAAACGACGGGAUUCACUAAAACCAUCUAAGUCGUCGUCGUCGUCCUCUGGAUCUGCUCGGCCUUACACUGGUGCCUCAGAGCAGCGUCAGCACCACGAAGCAGUGACAGUACAACAAACGCUUUCCCCUAGCUCAGAUGACAUUCCUUCUGCUCCGAAUUGUGAGGGAAAGGGAUCUUGCUGGCGUUCAGAAUCGAAAACAGCUGCACCACUAGAAUCUUUGGCGACUGGUGUCCAAGGACAAGAAAUGGUAAACGAGCGAGAUCAGCAGGGCGAUGCUUCAUGCAGGUUACAAAGAAGGAAUGUUUCCUCGAACCUGUCGUGCAAUGCCAGUAAUUUGCCACAAAGGAGCCCCGUGAAAGAGAAGACUGUAUCGUACCGUGAGGAGCAUCGCACGUCCAAUGCUAUGUCUGACCAGCCAGGGCCAGAAGCAGCAGCACCUGCCAAAAGCACGAGAACAAGAAGAGGGGACAAAGUUACAGUACCUGCUGACAAGCCACCAACAGUGCGGAAGCGACCGAAAAAAUCUUCCCAUCCCACACAAGUAGACACUGUCCAUAAAGUAGCUAGGGUGGAAAAUAACGAAGGCGUUCUUAGACCGCAGUGUGAUAGGAGUGAUAAGGAUGUGAUAAGGACCACGCAGGGAUCCGUCCCAGAAACACUGCAUUCGUCUAACGCCUCCUCGAGUGGAGAUGAGGAGUCGCAUGAUCAGGUCACAUCUGGGGGGAACCCACUUAUGCGUAGUGCAAUGCAGGAAGUGCAACCUUUAUCUUCACAAAGGCGGCUGCCCACUUUAAAAGAGAGGAAAAUGCGUCGUCAGCCUUUAGGUGCUGUAGUGGUGGGAGGUGAUCCCAGCAUUCACCGUAGUACCGAAGAGUUCGUCCCAACGCAGAAGAGCAUCUCAAGAAUACUCCAGAAUGCACCAGUGUCUCCCACAAACCGCAAGACUUCUGAAAAAGCGUUGUCCCUCCAGAGUCCCGCAACAUCACCAGCAGCCAGUCCUACCCGUCCCAAGCUGUUGGCGCAAGAUUGCUCUCCUGCACAGAACACGAACGUUCUUCCACGGCAACAAUUGCAACGGGUGAGGCCGCAGCCGUCAGUGUUGCCUGUAACGCAAACCACAAAAGAGAAGAGUAUUAAGCGUGUGAGAAGCAAGACUGUGGAAAACGCCGUGGCCACACAGCCUUCAAAGGGUAGAGACCAGCCCCAUAAGAGGGAAGUGGCAACAAUGGCUAAAGCUGCCCAGAAUCAGAGUGACCUACCCAGCUCCAGUACUGGAAGUUCCACCUCACUCAGAAGAGGAACUCGUACCCGGCAGCCUCCUCCUCCUAGGGAUGGGCUCUACGUGCCCGUUUACGAGUAUACCAAAGAAGGACCUGUUUUCAAGAGAUACCAGGCAUUGGCAAAUUCCGAUCUGUAUGUGCAGGCAUGCUCUGUGAAGGCAAAAAGAAAUCCAAGUAAAGUCAGGCAUACAAAAGAGGUGUCUGAUACAACAGCUUCGAAAGUGCCUCCAAGGAAGCGUGCGAAACGACAGCCUGCACCAUGUGACAGCGUAAGUGCAGCUACUGUCAAAGGGCCUGGCCUACUGGACUUCUUGGAGACGUCUCACGUCCGUGACAUUACAGUACAAAAAGCAGAGAGUUACAAGUUCAUCUCGGAAGACCAGUCCGAGAACGGGUUUGAAAUCUCAACACAGUAUUUGCUGAUGUCCUGCCACACUGGAUUUAUUCGUAUCUACCCCGGGAAAGCUAAAGAGCCAGCAGACUUACUCUACAACAACGUUAUUUUUAUUGCACUGGACAAUCCUGUGCGUGUAUCAACAAGUUGCAACAUUGUGACCAAGCUUAGCAAGGGUGAUUCAUGCCUUGUGCCCAAAGGAACAUCAUACAGCAUUGAAAAUUUAUCUCAAGACCAUGGAGCAGAACUUCACUUCACGCUGAUGCCCAACUUUUGAGUUUGGUCACGUUCUGCAGGGUGCAUAUUUAAUUUUACAAUACUGCGGUGCUUCACAUGUAUCAGUCGGUAAAGACAGGCUUACACGCAGCAAUUGGCAGCUGAAAGCCCUAGAAUUGAGUAUACAGUAUAUAUGUGCGUACAAUAUGAAUUAGGUAAGUGAUCACAGAACGACUUUGUGUUGCACUUUUUUUUUACAGGGUAGUUUUUGCAUGUAUAAGCUCCCCGUACUUCUAUUUAUUGGAUUUCAGAUACAGCAGAGCUGUAUUUUGUUACAAAGAGAAUAACACACUAUUUUUAUUGUAUUUUACUUUUUAGCAAUAAUGUUUAUUUACAAAUAAAUAAGCACACAGAAUAGCAGUAUGCUGGUGCAAACAAUGUGCAUUUGUAGUCUA